CCCCCUCGCAGCUCUCCACCACCACCGCCUCAGCGGCCUUCCAGCCCCUACCCCCACCGCCAUCAGCACAACCGCCCUCCGCCGCAACUGCGUCACCCGGCUCCCCCUCCUCCCCCUCCUACCAACCACAACAGCCACGCACCCAGCCCAUGCCAAUACCCAUGUCCUCCUCCUCCUCCUCCUCCUCCAAGCAACUCCCGCCCACCUACACCUCCUCCUCACCCUCCUCAGUCGGCCCCCCAAGCACCCCUCCGGGUGCCACCGCCUCCUCACCCCUCACCGCCUCCUCCUCCUCCGCAGCAGCAGCAGCCGCUGCAGCCACUGCAGCAGCAGCACUCAGUGGUUCCCCGCCCAAGAAGGGAGUCAUGUUCUCACUCGUACCGCAACCACCCACGGCAGCUCAAGCGGCGGCGGUGGCAGCGGCUGCUGCUGCUGCUGCUGCGACUGCGGCAGGGCAGGUGCCGCUGACGGAGGCGGGUGAGGGUGCUGCUGGGGCAGAAGCGGCAUACGCUGUGGAUGCGGCAGCGGAGCCAGCGGAGGAGGCGUAGGGAGGUGGUUUCGGUGUUUUUUGAUGGGUAGUAGUGGGGUGAGGUGAGGUGGCAGGUGGAGGGAGCGGUGUGUCGUGGAGGCGGGAGGUGGUAGAGAUAGAGCGGAAGUGGACGUGUUGAUGGGUGUUGUAAUGCCCCCGCGGCACACCGAUUUCCGCAGUGGACUUGAGGGCUGAGUGUCUCGCAGGGGACGUCGCGCUCCUGCUGGUCGGGUGCUCCUGCUACGUACCUGCGCACAUGUAGGUAGUGUCCCCGUGCGUACGGACGGCACGUCAGGAGGUAGGCUGCAACUGUACGGCAUGGGGGCUGUUGCUGUACGGCAGGUAGGCUGCAACUGUAUGUACUACUGGCGUCCUGCUGCUGUACAAGUGGGGUUGCGGACUUGCGGUGGGUUGGUGCCGAGUGGUUAGUGCUGAGUGUGAUCCAGGCGGUGGUGAUUGGCGACAUUGGUGGUGUGAUGCCC